CCCCUGUCUUUCUUUCUUUCUUUGUCUCUAAAGCAGCCGAACGUGCCUUAUUCUCCCUCCCUUCUUGCCCACCUUCUUCCAAAGCAGAUUGGAAAUAUAAAAGCAUCUCAGUCACCGACAUUCUUUCUCCCUAACUGCUUCAAAGCAGAAAAGCCCAUUUCCCCUGUCUUUCUUUCUUUCUUUGUCUCUAAAGCAGCCGAACUUGCCUUGUUCUCCCUCCCUUCUUGCCCACCUUCUUCCAAAGCAGAUCAGAAAUAUCAAAGCAUCUCAGUCACCGACUGUCUUUCUCCCUAACUACUUCAAAGUAGAAAAGCCCAUUUCCCCUCACCGAAAAAUCCCCACCAAAAUCCCAUUUCUCCUCCUUCUAUUUAGGUGACGUGACGAAGCGGGGCAUGGGUUGGUGAAGCCAAACGAAGCAACAAUACCAAAGGGGAGUGAAGCAGAGGGUGUUCCGGCCACGGGACUUUGGAUUCUCGAAGGAUUGUGCCAUUCCAUUGUCUUCCUUUUAAGAUCCUAAUUCAAUUUCAAGGAGAACAAAGAAUAUGGUAAAUUUGAGCAUCAUGGAUUAGAAAACACAGUGGAGUUGCAGCAAAUGUUUGACAAAAUAAUAGUCACCGGUGAAACUGCAUGGACUCCAGCUGCUGGGCCUAUUCCUUCAGUACAACAGAAUGUGGGGUUUGAAGAUACUGUUGAUUUGGAAGAAGGAAGUGGUGAUUCUGAUGAGGUGAAUGUCAUCCCAACACAAACUGGUGGAAGUAGUGAAAAAAGGAAGAAAACCACAAUUGGUCCUUCACUUACCGACAAAGGGAAGAAAGUGAAAGUAGGGGGUGCAGCAUACAUGCAGAAACAAUUGAAUCAUCUUUGUGAUGUAGUUGAAAGUUAUACCACAACUACUUUGAGUGAUUCAUCAAAGAAAAAUUAUGAAACAUAUCCUGAUACCACUGAAGAAUUUAUGGAGAUGUUGUUAAUUUUACCUGGAGUUGAAGAUGGUAAUGAGCUUUUUAUAUUAGCCACAACAAGAGUUGGAAAGGGACAAGAUAAGAUGGAUUUAGAUCCAAAGUGGAAUUAUGAAAAUAGUGAUGAGUGUGAGGUGGAGGAAGAAAAUAGUGAUGAGGAUGAGAUGGAGGAACAAGCUGUAGAACAAAGAGAUAAGUAGGUGGAAGGUAGAUGAAAAAGAAUAAUAUCUUUUAUUCUCUUGUUCACUUAGGUGCUUCAAUAUCUUCAAAAUAUAUUUCAAAAUAUCUU